AUGAUUGGGGCAGGUCUGUGGCUGCUGUUAAUCCCCAACCUUUCUGAUCUGGGAGAACCCUGUCCUGAAGGAUUCAGAUGCUGUGACAGUGGAUGCUGCCUGGAUAAGAAAACCAUAUGGGAUUCUUCAAGCGACUCUUUAAGGGUCUUGUUCAUCAUCUCCCUGGUCAUGAUACCUCUGUUGUGCAUCUGUGGCUUGUUGAAGCGUUUCUGUCAGAAGUGCAGAAAGCCAGAGCAGAACCUCAGAGCGAAUCAUCAGAUACCCCCAGAAGCACCUCCUCCCAUUGCCCCCCUAGAGAUGAUCUGGGUUACCCCCUUGAACCCCCCACCACCUUAUAAUCAGGUCAUGAUGAAGCCUGGAGAGCCACCUCCUCCCUACAGCCUCAGGCCUGAAGACCCUGCUGGUCAAAUGAGAAGUCCUGACAACCCAGCCCUUUGAGCUACCUCACAAACUUUUUGGAUCAAGCCCAGGACUUCGAAACUCUGAAACAUCAUAAUGUCUCUGAUAAUUUGACUUAAUUUAUUAUUCUCACCCUGUCCCUCCCCAACUGCUAAACUGGAUCCUUGGUCUGUGUCCCAACUCUCAAGCCUGCAGUGAGAAGCAGAGGUCAUUCUGGUGGAAUGUAAACCUUGACCUGACAGCUCUCUGCCUGGAGGAGAUAGGAGAUUGAACUGCACGGACUCUGAGCCAUCUUUCAGAGGGACCCCACUGUACCUCCACAGCCAAGCACAAGACAAAUUACUUGCUAAAAGUUUCACUGACUGGGCUGUCUCUGGCUGGGAAGUAGUGAUGGAGACCAGUUCAGAGGCUAAGCUCCUGACAACUCCUUCCAAUGGUGAAUAACACUUACCUGCCUGGGAGGAUUGUUCAUCCAAGCUGUGAAUGAAUGCUUUGACCUUAAGAUCCCUGGGGCCUGCAGGUACUAAAGAAAUGAACUGGAGAGUUCCCAGGAUCUCAUCUCUGCUGUCUGGGAGACCAGACUUGAUAAGCAUGGGACUCUUAAGGGGAUACAUAUAGGUCAGAAAACCUUCUAGAAGGUAGGGUGGAGAGGAAGCCUGGAGAGGCAAGUGGUUAGACAUCUGUGGAGUGAUGCCUACCAAAUCUCCUGGAGGGGGAAGGGUGGCAGACCCUACCCUACUCUUUCUGCUGAGCCUGGGUCCCAGGCACUGCAUCUUAGCCCCACCCACAAUUAACCCCUAAAGGGAAGAAGACUCGUUGGUGCUCAGCAGGGGUGCUAGGUACCUCUACCUAGCCCUUGUCUUUGCUAUCUGUGCUGCAGUAAACAUAAGGCCAGCCUUCCUUUUCAGACACUGGAGAAGUCCCACAGAUGGAUGGAGUUUUGACCUGUGGCAGGUCACCUGCCUGUCACUGAAGAUAGUAAUAAGGCUUUUAAUUUUCUCUGCAGCAACAGUGGUAUGGCCUGAAGAGUGGCUUUUCCCAAAGCUCAGUGCCUGGAAUAACUUUAUUUUUAAUGUUCAUUGGUGUUUUGCUUCGAUGUGUAUCUGUGACGGCGUUGGGUCCCCUGGAACUGUUACAAGUGGUAGCUGCCAGGAAUUGAACUGUGUCCUCUGGAAGAGCAGCCAGUGCUCUUCACAGCUGAGCCCUCUCUCCAGCCCCCUGAAAGGACUUCUAUUGCCAUUUCAGUCACUACUGUUGGUGGGAGUGGAAGAGAUGUCACCUUUUCAGAGGUGACCUUGCACUAUCAGUUCAUGCCACCGAUAUUUAUCCACCCUUCCCCUAAGCAUGAGGAUCUGCUGUUCUGACCUACAUCAGGUGACAGUCUUUUACUGUUGGGAUAAAAGGGAAGUUCAGAGCAGCUGUGGUUUGUAAAAUAAACUCCACCAUUACAUUUUAA